GGGGGUACUGAAUCUCAUAUACUUAGACCUUAUAAAGUUGUUCCGUGAUGAAAUUUACCGGGCGACUCCACCAACGCGAUGGCGGCGGGGGCGUGUGCGCACCGAACGCUACGCUUUACCAGCCGUGUGCCGUCGGGGUUUGGGGCCGAUUAAGGAGCCUACACUAUAAUUAGUGUAACCUUACUGUUCUACUGUAACUAUAUAUAUAUUACUUGAAAGGAUGUCCACUAUAAUACACAGUGAGCCAGAUGAUGACUCGUCGUCAGAAUCAUCACUGGAUAGAAGCAAUUUCAUUGAAGAUGAGAAGCCGGCUGUGGCGAAGAUUCCCCUACUGACAUCAGUCAUUCUCGACCGAUUACUGUACAGUAAGAAACAGCAAUUGGAUCGUACUAUAAACAGUAUUAGACAUGAUACCGUAGCCAGUUCAGAACUGCCGGUGACACUCUCACGAUCAUUUUCUGGAAGAAAACCAAUACUGGUACGAACAGAAGAGUCAUUACCACAAGAACUGUCACUAACACUUACCCUGACCCUGACCCUGACUCUGACCGAUAGACGAACUCAGAUCCUCCAACAAUUUCAUACUCGCCAAUCUUCUAAUGUUUCACUGGAAACUCCUAAAAUAACCGUCCGCUUUGUCCCUAUCGGUUCUACCCCCAUCAUAGAUAAGAAAGUAUUCACUAUCAAUCGACAUCAAAGUGUCGCUACGUUAACUAAAUUCCUCACUAAAAAGCUACGAUUGAAUUCAGUUCAUUUAUAUAUACAGAGUUCAUUUCUGCCUACACCUGAUGAGAACUUAGGUGAUUUAUUCGAUCUGUUCCGAACUGGUGAAGAACUCAUUAUCAGCUACUGUAACACUAUUGCCUUUGGUUAAACUGCAAAAGUAUUACACUUCAUUUAUGUAAUUACACUACACU